GAAGAGCAAUUGAGAUUUUCGAGCGACAGAGAUCAAAAAUCGCAAACAGCAAUGCCUUAUUAAGUAACAUUUAUUAAUCAAUCUUCAUCCAAACAAGAAAAAAAAAACCAAAAGAGAAAAGAACUCAGAAAAUUACACAAGAAAAGAAAAUCAAAUGCCUCUCGUUUCUUCUCUUUUCUCUUUUGAUCCAAUAACACAACAACAUCAACAUCCUUCCAGCAUGUAUUUCGCCAAAUUACAGGACUCUCCCAUGUUCCGCCAACAGCUGCAGACCAUGGAAGAAGGUGCAGAAUCGUUACGCGCCAGAUGCUGGAGAUUCUACAAAGGGUGUAAAAAGUACACGGAUGGGCUUUUAGAUGCAUGUGAUGGAGACUUCACCUUUGCAAGUGCCCUCGAAAAUUUUGGGGGAGAACAUUCUGAUCCUUUAUUUGUAACUUUGGGAGGGCCUGUUAUGACCAAAUUCUCUAUGGCUUUGAGAGACAUCAGUACAUUCAAGGACGCUCUUAGGACACAGGUGGAGCAAAUGUUGACUGACCGUCUACUUCACAUUUACAAUGUUGAAAUAAUGGAUGUCAAGGAAGCUCGAAAGCGUUUUGACAAGGCUUCCAUUGCAUAUGACCAGGCACGGGAGAAGUUUAUGUCAUUGAGGAAAAGUACUAGGCAGGAUAUCGUCAUUGCAAUAGAGGAGGAAUUGCACAAUGCAAGAAGCUCAUUUGAAGAAGCCCGUUUCAAUCUGAUUAGUGCUCUUCACAAUGUCGAGGCCAAAAAAAGAUUCGAGUUUUUGGAGGCUGUCACUGGAGUAAUGGAUGCUCAUCUUCAAUAUUUUCGACAGGGAUAUGAACUACUACAUCAGUUGGAGCCCUUCAUUGUUGAGGUUUUGUCAUAUGUACAAAAAGCAAGGGAAAGUCACAAUGAGGAGCAGGUUUCUCUAUUUGAAAGAAUGAUAGAGUACAAGCAACUUGUCCAUCAAGAAAGUAAGUUGUCCUUGAAGGGAUUUUAUGAUUCUCCUGGUCGAGACUCUCCAUUUUCUAGGAUAUCAAGUGAUGUGUUAGAUGCAGUAACAGAAUCUGUCAAAACCGGAAAGGUUCAAACCAUUCGAGAAGGGUUUCUCUCAAAACGAUCCAGCAAUUUAAGAGGCGAUUGGAAGAGAAGGUAUUUUGUUCUUGAUAGUCGCGGAAUGCUUUACUACUUUCGCAAACCAUUGACUCUCUUCCAUGGUGCCAACUCGCAGAAGAGUCAUCAUACCUUUGAUAAUUCUUCUGGCAUUUUGAGUCGGUUGAUAUCUUCACAUAUUCAUGGAGCCAAUGAUGAAAAGCCUGUUGCUCGUCAUACGGCGAACUUGCUUACAUCAACAAUCAAGGUUGAUGCCGAACAGACAGAUUUAAGAUUCUGCUUUAGGAUUGUUUCUCCUUCAAAGGUUUAUACAUUGCAGGCAGAAAAUGCCCUGGACCAAAGGGAUUGGAUGGAAAAGAUAACCGGAGUAAUUGCAUCCUUGCUCACUAUACACACGCUGGGAAAGCCUCAGCCUGUAAUUUCUCGCUCAGAAGGUGGUGACUGGGAUUCUGCCAGCCCAACUGAUUCAGUACAAAGUUCUUCUGAUGAGGAAAUGGCAGUAAAUUCAGGUUUGGCAUGCAAGAUCACCCCCAAGUCAAAUAGGUCACCUAAUGGCUUGCAGAAGCAUAAACACAGUAUAAAAUGUGAAAAGCCAAUCGAUGUUCUUCGAAGGGUUAAUGGGAAUGACAAAUGUGCUGAUUGUGGUAAAUCUGAACCAGACUGGGCAUCCUUAAACCUUGGCAUCCUUGUAUGCAUUGAAUGUUCUGGUGUUCAUCGAAAUCUUGGUGUACAUAUAUCCAAAGUAAGAUCACUGACACUUGAUGUGAAAGUAUGGGAUUCCUCAGUUUUAAGCAUGUUUCAAUCACUUGGCAAUCUCUUUGCGAACUCAGUUUGGGAGGAGUUAUUGCAUUCGAAAACUUCAACAGAUGAUACUCUUGAUGGAUCAUCUAAGGGCACCAGAACCAAAUUAUUUCAUGCAAGAAAACCUGCAUAUGAUGAUCCCAUUUCACUAAAGGAGAGGUUCAUCCAUGCAAAGUAUUCUGAGAAAGUCUUUGUUCGCCGGAUACCAAACAACAAUCGUCUCCGUACAGUGGCACAACUGGUCUGGGAAAGCAUCUUUGCCAAUGACAAGAAAUCAGUGUACCGGCAUAUUGUGAGAUCCAGUGUGGAUAUCAAUGCUUUAAAUUUAAAUGGUCAAUUUGAUGGAAAUUCUUUUGCCACGCCUUCUUCAAGUCACUCAAGCAUGUCAUCUGAAACUGAAAGCCAACUAAUGGAGGACAUAAAAGAUGGCUCAAGUGUGCUUCACUUGGCAUGCCUUGUAUCUGACGCUGGAAUGGUGGAGCUGCUCCUACAGUAUGGUGCAGAUAUAAAUGCAGUUGAUUCAAUUGGUCGAACACCAUUACAUUACUGCAUGUUUAGAGGGAAGAUUGCAACUGCAAAAUUACUUAUUUUAAGGGGGGCCAAUACACAUGUAGUAGAUAAACAAGGCAAGACUCCUCUCAUGCUUGCAUCAGAACCUAGCAGUGAAAUUGUUGGUCUGAUAUCAAGCAGAUGACAUGCUCACACACCCUCCUUUUCUUUUUGGGUCUGCUCCAACAAAAGCUUAAGCCACAACUAAGAUUGGGACAAAGAAAACAUUGAGGACCACACUGGGCAUGGAUUUUGAAUUAGGCAACAGAAAGCAACUAGCCCAAGAGGCCUUUU